AUGGCUGCAGAAGAUCCAAUUCCACCCACCUGCGUGCCCAAAAUUGAGGUGAACGCCGACGUCGACCGCUUGAAAUGCGCCCCCCAGGCCAACCCCUUCCAUCCAGGGGAUGAUUCCUCCAUUUGGCAAUGCCAAACUCAGUGUUUUCUUCGUGGAUUUUCCCCCGGGAACGCAAUUUCUGACUUAAUCUCCCUAUUGGCCGACUCGGUUCUGUGCCAGUUGAUGAUCACGGGAAUCCGACUGGAUGCGCCUCCGGACGAUCUUUUCGCAGAACUUCAAUUGCUAUUCGAUCAUCGCCAGCCGCCGGUGUUAGCGCUAGAG